AUGAGUUCGUCCAAGAUACCCGAGAGAUACAGUCUGUUGACAGUCAACAAUGUUACAAAAGAUGUUACGGUCUUUGUUGGCCUUGUAGUGUCUGGAAUUCUCGAUUCCGAGCUGCUGGCGCGCAAAGCCUCGGAGUUGAUUUCUCUGUGGCCCAUCCUCGGUGGAGAGUUGGUGACGAAGACCGUACCAUAUUCAUUCACGACGGGCUCCAUAGUCGACUUUAAGUCCCGACAUAUCGACAAAGCACUCAGCGAGGUUCUACCAUUCAACAUUGCUGUUGACGAUACCGACUUCGACCGGCCAUCAUACCGAGCUUUCGACAAUCACGAUUCCGGCGACAGCUUAUUCCAUUUUGAGUCGAUACGAGCUCUGAAUCCGCCCGUCAAGAACCUCUUUGCGCUCCGCGUUACUGUUCUCAAGGAUACCACCCUGUUAGGUUUCCGUGUGCCGCACCACCUCUGCGAUGGACAGAGCGCUUAUGACGUUGUCCGAAGUUAUUGUAGGCUGAUUGCAGGGGAGGCUCCUCCUCAACUCGUGUUUCCGCCGGACACUGAGGUUCCACUCUCUAAGCUCGUUCAGUUUGCUGGCUCUUUUCCCGAAAACAAUCCCGAUCAGGACGAUCGGUUCGUAAACCCGUCCGAUAACUUUGCACUAGGCACUGCGCCUGUAAUGAAAUAUAUUGGACAUACAUUUCUCCAAAGUGCUAAAGCAAUGAUCGGUUUGUCGGAAGGGCACGAGGAGAGAUAUAUUCAUCUCCCUAAUGGCCUUGUGCAAGAGUGGAGGAGGAGUUGCCAAGAAGAGCUUGAGGAAGCGGUAGCACAAGGGAAACUCGAAGCAGCUGCUGGGGUGGAAUUGUCCAAGAACGAUGUGAUCACAGCAUGGUUUCUAAAGUGCGCAUUUGCUCAUACCACUCCAGAUGAGGGCCCUGUUGAUUUUAUGUAUAACUUUAACUAUAGGUCAGCGCUCGAAGCACCCGAGCCUGGCACUCUGUAUCUCCAUAACAGCUUUUACAACAUUCGCACACAUUGGCCAUCUUUGCGGGAGUUCCAGGAGGCGUCACUUGCGAGUAUAUCGCUUGCUAUCCGGCUGUCGGUGCUUCGGAACAGACAGCCCUGGGCUAUCCAUAGGUCCCUAAAUUAUUGGGAGCAAAACAUCAACGAAGCAGUAGUUUUUGGAUCUCCAGGGACUAGAUUAGACUUUCUACCCAUCCUUUCGCCUUGGACUACGUUUGAAUAUAACGGGAUGGACUUCACGGAAGCGCUCGCACAAAAGAGCCAGCGUGAUGGAGUACAAGGCAAAGUGAUCUUUACCCACCCGUAUGUCGCAUUGCCUAUGUCUAUAGCGGUCAAGCCAUUUGCUAUUGUGCUCAAGGAUGGGCACGGUGGUUACUGGUUGCGCUCUACUUUGUUAAGUUCAGGAUGGAAAGCACAUGAAAUAUAG